AUGCUGCAAAUCAUGGAGCUGCGGAAAGAAGUAAAGAUGAAACAAGGAUCCAGCGAGGAUUACGUGAUGAAUGCACUCGCUACUCGUCUACCAGAAUUCGAUCAGGGCCCAAACUCAAGCUCGGACACGGACACGAUCCACCUUUUAAUGAAGCAAAUCAUGGAAGUGUGGAAGUCUUGUCGAGAACCCAUGGCUGAACUGCCGAAGCAAGAACCCAACGAAGAGUACAAAGACUACUUGGAACUGCAGAAUCAUAUACAGAUGAUCGACAAAGCCAAGGUAGUCAGCGUGAAUCAGAUGAACGACAACCCGCAAGUCAAUGCGAUGCAGCGAGACGAGAAGCGGAAGCCAUUCAUCGGUCACAAGCCCAGAACACAUCUUUGUAUGAACUGCGGAGCGAAGACCCAUAGGACCAGGAAAGGAGUAGACUUAGGAGCGGUAAAGGCAGAAGCAAUUACGGGAGCAAACAAGGAACAAUUUUGAAGGUUCUAUGAGAGUUGGUGGGAGUAUACGUGGGAGCAGAUGAGGAGCGCAAUUUACGACGACCAUCUUUAGCACUGGCUCAUCAAAAUAACAAAUUCAAUCUUGGCGCUGUUCCCGAUGACAUCAGUGGAGAACAAUUCGUUCUUCACAUAUGCAAGCAAAAGAUAAUAUGGGCCAACUGCGACUGCAAUUCAAACUGUUCCACAAACCGUUGUUUGGUUGGAAAGGUUCAUUCUUUUACACCAGUGGGUGUGAAGUGAUUAACGAU